GGAAACAAGGAGGCCUGAGCUGGCGUGCGCCACCCGGGGCUGCGGCGGCGACCGCGACUUCUCCUGACCCCUCUGCCACCCGCCGGUCCGUGCGCGGGUCCGUGGAACUGGAGCAGAUCCCCCCAGCCGGCUGAGACAGGUUGUCUUGUGGAAAUGCAGGCUUAAGGACAAGUUACCUGCCAAACUAGAAGAUGGGAUCGAACAGCAGCAGAAUCGGUGAUCUUCCUAAAAAUGAGUACUUGAAAAAAUUAUCAGGCACAGAAUCUGUCUCUGAGAAUGACCCGUUCUGGAACCAGCUUCUCUCAUUUUCUUUCCCUGCACCAACUAGCAGUACUGAAUUGAAACUCUUGGAGGAAGCAACCAUUUCAGUCUGCAGAUCACUAGUUGAAAACAAUCCUCGAACAGGAAAUCUUGGUGCACUAAUUAAGGUCUUCCUUUCUAGAACCAAAGAACUAAAACUUUCAGCAGAAUGUCAGAACCAUAUCUUCAUUUGGCAGACACACAAUGCUUUGUUUAUUAUUUGCUGUUUGCUGAAGGUGUUCAUCUGUGAGAUGUCAGAGGAGGAAUUACAGCUUCAUUUUACUUAUGAAGAAAAAUCUCCUGGAAAUUACAGUUCUGACUCAGAAGAUCUUUUGGAAGAAUUGCUGUGCUGUUUGAUGCAGCUAAUUACUGAUAUUCCACUCUUAGAUAUUACAUAUGAAAUAUCAGUAGAAGCUAUAUCAACAAUGGUUGUUUUCCUUUCCUGCCAACUUUUCCACAAAGAAGUUUUGCGACAGAGCAUCAGCCACAAGUAUUUGAUGCGAGGUCCAUGUCUUCCGUACACCAGCAAACUUGUGAAGACCUUAUUGUAUAACUUUAUCAGACAAGAAAAGCCACCUCCUCCAGGAGCCCAUGUUUUCCCUCAACAAUCGGAUGGGGGAGGACUGCUUUAUGGACUUGCAUCAGGAGUAGCAACAGGACUCUGGACUGUCUUCACACUAGGUGGUGUGGGCAGCAAAGCGGCUGCAUCUCCAGAGCUUUCUUCCCCUCUGGCCAACCAGAGUCUCCUGCUUCUGCUAGUGUUGGCCAAUCUGACAGAUGCCUCAGAUGUGCCAAACCCCUACAGACAGGCCAUUAUGUCCUUCAAGAACACACAAGAUAGCAGUCCUUUCCCCUCAUCAAUUCCACAUGCCUUCCAGAUCAACUUUAAUAGUUUGUACACAGCUCUUUGUGAACAGCAGACAUCUGAUCAAGCAACUCUCCUCUUGUAUACAUUGCUCCAUCAAAAUAGUAAUAUUAGAACAUACAUGUUGGCUCGCACAGAUAUGGAAAAUCUUGUUUUACCAAUUCUUGAGAUUCUGUAUCACGUUGAAGAAAGGAAUUCUCACCAUGUGUAUAUGGCCCUUAUAAUAUUGUUGAUUCUUACAGAAGAUGAUGGCUUCAACAGAUCCAUUCAUGAAGUGAUACUAAAGAAUAUUACUUGGUAUUCAGAACGAGUUUUAACUGAAAUCUCCUUGGGGAGUCUCCUGAUCCUGGUGGUAAUAAGAACCGUUCAGUACAACAUGACUAGGACGAGAGACAAGUACCUUCACACAAAUUGUUUGGCAGCUUUAGCAAAUAUGUCGGCACAGUUUCGUUCCCUCCAUCAGUAUGCUGCCCAGAGGAUCAUCAGUUAUACCUGCCGCCACUUGCGGAGAUAUGUUUAUGUGUUGGACAAACUGUAUUUCCCCCACUCUCACUGUUCUACGCUUCAGCAUUGCUUCUCGACCCUCAGUGACAAUGGAGAGGAACUCUUGUCUUUAACUUGCUCUCACAUUCUCAGAUCCUAUGCUUCCAGUUUAUUUUCUUUGCUGUCUAAAAAGCACAACAAAGUUCUGGAACAAGCCACACAGUCCUUGAGAGGUUCGCUGAGUUCUAAUGAUGUUCCUCUACCAGAUUAUGCACAAGACCUAAAUGUCAUCGAAGAAGUGAUUCGAAUGAUGUUGGAGAUCAUCAACUCUUGCCUGACAAAUUCCCUUCACCACAAUCCAAACUUGGUCUAUGCCCUGCUGUACAAACGUGAUCUCUUUGAACAAUUUCGAACUCAUCCUUCAUUUCAGGAUAUAAUGCAAAAUAUUGAUCUGGUGAUCACCUUCUUUAGCUCAAGGUUGCUGCAAGCUGGAGCUGAGCUGUCAGUGGAACGGGUCCUGGAAAUAAUUAAGCAAGGUGUCGUUGCACUGCCCAAAGACAGGCUGAAGGUAACUUUAAUUGAGGACUUGCUCUAUACCAGGUGCUUUGAAAUUUCCAGAAUUGAAAUUCAAAUAUGUGGAAGAGGAGCAGCCUGAGGAGUUUUUUAUCCCUUAUGUCUGGUCUCUUGUCUACAACUCAGCAGUCGGCUUGUACUGGAACCCUCAGGCCAUCCAGCUGUUCACCAUGGAUUCCGACUGAGGGCAGGACGCUCUCCCACCUGACCCCUCCAGCCAAGCAGCCCUUCACGUCAGUUCGUUUCUGGGUAACAGGAGCAGACAGAUUGCCUGCAGUAUCUUCUGUUAAAGAGGAUUGCACAAGUGUGUUUUCCUCACACACGUUGAUUUGGAGAACUGGUGCCAGUUGGCAGUAGAUCACUCAGCAUAGACAGUAGUGCAAAAAGGGGAGGAAAUACACAAUAAUAAAUGUACAAACCUGCUAUUCAA